UCUCUUUAUGUAUAUAAAAGAGAAAUUUCUUGAUUCUGCAUAAUCGUUAUUACUGUAAUCAUGAAACUCUCCUUUGGCAUCGUGUUGGCUGUUACAGUUUUGGUCUUGGCCAAUGCUGAAAACAUCGAGAAGGAAUACCGAAAAGUCCAGAGCGAGUGCGAGAAACCAGACGCAAUAAAACCUCGUUCCCUUUGCAUGAACGUCAAAUUUGGUAUACAGAAAGAAAAUGGAGACAUUGACAAAGAUGUUUUGAGAGAGAAAAUCGGAUAUGAUCACAAAUUGGGUGUUGACAAAACUAACGAAAUGAUAAAUGAAUGUAGCGUCAGACAAGGUAAUACUGCUGGUGAAGCUGCGGAUGCCUUGAGUCAGUGUAUUCGCAAGUAUUUCGCUACCGUAUACUCAAAAGGAGAUUGAUUUUUCAAACUCCUCAAUUGUUACCAGGAAAUAAAGAUAUUUUUGAGUACAAUGA